CAGGGAUGAGCAGGAGUUUUCAGAGUGAACCCAGUGCACCCAGAUGACUCAUUCUGGUGUGUCCAAGGGCUGGGGAAUCACUUCUUGAAUGGGAGAGGAUGCCGUGGUGUGCGGGGGAGGAGGCAGGAGGUGUAGUCUGAGCAGUUUGGGGCUGCCUGGAUUUGGGGCACGAGCUGGGUGAUGUGUGCUGGGAACAGGCUGCUGAGCUGUCACCUGAAACACAACCUCCCUGCCGGCAUCUGGAUGUUGGGGAGUAUCCCAGGACUUCUCUGAUGUGCUUCCUCUGCCUUUGCUCCAAGCAGGCGCUUCCCGCGGGGCUGGCGAGCAGCUGGGAGAGCGGCACCGCCGGAGCCCAGCCCGGGGAAGUUGAAAGGCAACUUUGAAGGCGGAGGAAGUCGGGGCUGGCGAAGGAGGCGCGCUCCGCGCUCCGGGAGUGGCCGCGCCGCCGCCGUGUCCCCGUCCUGCUGCCGAGUUAUCUGCUGCUAUCUGCCGCCUCAUUUCCACCAGAAGAAGAAUGCCAACACGAAGAUGAAGUAGAGCGUUUCCUAUGCUGGCCGCGGCGCCCGCACGCUGGGUAGGGACGGGCUCUCGCCUCUGGCCAAACCCAUUCCCGGGACAAGAUGAAGCCGAGGAGGAGCUUCCCGCCGCGCUGGAGCCGCAGUGAGUGCUGCCCGCUUUAAAGCCCAUGUGCCAGCGUCCCUGGCGAGAUGAAAGAAGUGGUGCUGUGGUCACCCGAGGAGGUGGCCGGCUGGCUGACGGACAAUGCCGUGCCGGAGUACUGUGAGCCCUUGAGGAGCUUCACCGGGCGGGACCUCAUCAACCUGACGGAGGAGGAUUUCAAGAAAUCCCCUCUGUGCCGGGUGUCUUCCGACAGCGGCCAGCGGCUGCUGAACAUGAUCGAGGGGCUGAAGAUGGCUCACCACAUGGAGGCUCACAAGAACGGCCACGCCAACGGGCACGUGCGCGCCGGCGACGCCGCGCGCCAGAACGGCUUCGGCGCCGUGCUCAAGCUCAACGGGGUCCCCAAUGGCUUCAAGAAGGAGAUGAUCAAGAUCCCCAUGCCAGAGCCGGAGCGCUCGCAGUAUCCCAUGGAGUGGGGCAAGACUUUCCUGGCUUUUAUUUAUGCACUUUUUUGUUUUGUCUUCACCACGGUGACUAUCUCGGUGGUUCAUGAACGAGUGCCUCCCAAGGAGGUGCAGCCUCCCCUCCCAGAUGCAUUUUUUGAUCGCUUUGAUCGGGUGCAAUGGGCUUUUUCUAUUUGUGAAAUCAACGGCAUGAUCCUUGUAGGACUGUGGUUUGUUCAGUGGCUGCUCUUAAAAUACAAGUCUAUAAUUAGCAGAAGAUUUUUCUGUAUAGUUGGCACACUAUACCUGUACCGGUGUAUUACCAUGUAUGUGACUACACUCCCAGUACCUGGAAUGCAUUUCAAGUGUUCUCCAAAGCUUUUUGGAGACUGGGAAUCUCACCUGAGAAGGAUAAUGAAGUUGAUUGCUGGCGGAGGCUUGUCCAUCACGGGCUCCCACAACAUGUGUGGGGACUACCUGUACAGCGGCCACACCGUCAUCCUAACCCUCACCUACCUGUUCAUCAAAGAGUAUUCCCCACGGCGACUCUGGUGGUACCACUGGCUCUGCUGGGCGCUCAGCAUGGUGGGGAUGUUCUGCAUCCUCCUUGCUCAUGACCACUACACUGUGGACGUGGUGGUGGCUUACUACAUCACUACAAGGCUAUUCUGGUGGUACCACACAAUGGCCAACCAGCAAGUGCUAAAAGAAGCUUCCCAAACUAACCUCCUUGCAAGGGUCUGGUGGUACAAGCCCUUCCAGUACUUUGAGAAGAAUGUCCAAGGAAUUGUACCUCGCUCCUACCACUGGCCCCUGCGGUGUCCGGCGCUGGCGCGGGGCCGGCAGGUCAAGUACAGCCGCCUGGUGAGUGACACGUAACAGUGCCACCACAGCCCCCAAGGACCUGUCCCAAGUGCUCACAACACCAAGAGAAGAUGCCAUAAACAAAAACCCACCACUCCCUAACCCUUUCUUUAGCAGCUCCCUGGACCUGACCUGUUCAGUUACCUGGUAAGCACUGUGAUCUUUUUUUCUCUCCAAAGGAUCUGCGUUGGACAACAAUAAAGAGAAUUUAACUGAUCAUGCACUGUUACACAUUUCUUGUUGAUAGAGUUGGGAUUUGCAUUUGCCCAUCACCAUGUUCCUUUGUAUAUGAUGCGACAACAUAGAUGAAAAGCUUUUAUAUCAUAAGUUCUGGUCUUUCCAGUCACGUCUGGGAACAAAGCAUAUUAUUUUCUUGGGAAAACAUACUUUUCAUAUCUCUUGCCCCAAAGAUUGGGCUGUAAGCCAUUUUCUAGCAAAUGACUAUAUGAAGGUUUCUAAAUAUCUGCCUUGGGUGAAAUCAAGAAAUCUUUCUACCUGUUGCACCGCGCUACGAAUAAGAUGAUAGACACAGAAAGGUUUGGUAAAUCCUGAUUUUGUAGAAUCUGCAGUGACUGACUGUGUCAAAAAAGUGCAAAAAAAAAAAAAAAAACCAAAAAAAAAAAAGAGAAGAAAAUGUAAAGUGAUUUUCUAAGUAUUUCCUAACUUUAUUUUUCAAAAUGUGUAUGAAAAAAAAUUAAAUUUAAAAAAGAUUUUUACAUGUCAGAGAAUAGAGAGUUAAAAAAUUUAAAGAAAAUGCUUCUUGGGAGAGAGAGAGAUUUGUCUAUGUUUCUAGUGCCUUUCUUGUCUUGAUUGUAUGGUCAGUAGGCAGUCUUAAAUGUUUUUAUUUAAAAUAAAGUAUUCCAUGAAAGCAGAAUUAUAUAUACUGUAUAAUUACUAAUUUUUGCAUUUAUAGCUAAAUUAAACUGGAAAUUUGCUUAUAAUGUUGAAGUUGCCACGUGUAGGGAAAAACCUCCCACCCCACCAAAUAAAAAAGGGUCUGACCUUGCUCACACAUUGUGGGCAGGUCAAGCUAAAAAAGUAUCACUUUAUUGUCUACUUGGUAGCUGGGUUUUAAAAAGCAAAACAGCCAUGAAUUCCUGUUUUUUAAGAAUUUUACAAAUGAUCACUGAGUGAACUAUGAAUGGUUUCUCCAUCCCCUUAUCAAAGUGUUGUUGAAAAACAACAAAGAUAAUCUAUUUCUUUAAAAUUGUGCAGAAACUGCAUGUAAUUCUAAGUUUUCACUCCUACCAUACGUACUGUAUGUUUGGGGAAGUCUCCUAUCCUGAACUUGCCAAUGUGCAGAACAAAAAAUAGUUUUUAUAAAAAAAGAAUGAAGAAGAGAAAAAAUAUAUAUAUAAAUAUAUAUAUAUAUAUAUCCAUUCUGUAUCUUACGUGAAGCAGAGUUAUCUUCUGUAGGUUUUUUGUGUAUUCACAAGGUGAUAUUUGUAUUGUAAAACAACAAUGGUGAAGGAAAAUAAAAAAGGCUUUUGAAAAAUGUAGUUUCCUUUAUCUUUUUGAUAUUCAGUUGAAAUUUAAAGCUGGGUUUAUUCUUCCAAACCUUGCCUUUAAGUUGAUGUUAUUGCACUGUAGGCCAUCUGAUGUGGACUGUACGGAAACUGCAUUGAUGUGGAAUUGCUGUUGGGCAAAACAGUGCCUUAUCUGAAAUAAAUGCUAUGCAAUCGAUGCCGAGCGGGCGGGAGGAGCCUUCCUGGGAGCCAUCUCCAGGCCUUGAAAAAUCUACCCCACAACUGCUGGGAUGCAGCACAGGGCAGGGGGGCAUCCCUUCCCCCAGGAGCUGCCAGUCCUGGCCCCUGGACACCAGAAAAAAAAGAGAGGAGAAGCCAAUUUCUGUGCGUCCGUGGUGGUGAAAGUGUCAUUUCUUCUUUCUUUUGGUUUUUUGUGGGGGGAUGCUUUAUUUCCACCUCUCUGCCCUGUUCCUCAGCCUUGGCCAAAACUUGCCCUGGAGAGCUGGUGGGGUUUUGCUUCUGCUGCUCUGCCUGGCUGUUGCUUGGGAUGCUGAAGGAGAGCAGCUCGUUCCAUAUCAGUUCUGUGUCUCCCUGGGAGGGAGGGAGGGACGGAAGGAGGGAGGAGUUCCUUGGCCAAACCCUUUGCCAACAGCAUUUGCAGAGCUGGGUGGGAAUUCAGGGCUCAGCUCUGCCUGCUCUGCCUUCAAUCCAUGGCUUUACCUUGGCAGCUUUUGGGGCUAAAAGUCGGUUUUUGAACAGCCCAAGCCCACCCCGGCUGGUUUUUGAGAGAGUUCAGGCUCCCAGACGUAACACGAGGAGUAGAUUUUUCAAGACCUGGCAUCACGCACAUCCGAACCAUUGACAUAAGUAAAUGUAUGGAUAUAUAUGCACAUGACAUUAAAUGGAAUCUGCUGAA